AUGGCUCCGAACCUGGUGCAAAUGAUGUGGCACUCGAGCUUGACGGCACUGUGCCUGAUGGACCAUGUGGUCGGUUUGCUUCCGGUGAAAUUCGAUCGAAUCGCAGAAGGGAGACGUCGAUGCCGAACAGGGACGAGGAUUACUCGGCCACUGGUGACAGCCCUGGUGGUGCUCUGUUUGACGCUGUUGGCCAGCUACGAGUGGACUUCCGUUCUGCUUGCCGAUGGAAUCGACCAAAAGUACCUCAAACAGUGGAUUUCACUCGCAGUGAUGUGGGUGCUGAAUUUGUUUGUUGCCCUGGUUAUUUACUGGCGGCAGUUGGUGAAUAGUGGCCAGAUCCAAUCGUUGAAUGACAGUUUUGCUCUGCUCGCCAGUCAGCACAGCGCUAAUACCGGUGCCUUCCGAUACCCCCCAUUGCGUCAUUUGGCCACCGUUCUCGCCCUGGAAUCGGUCGGCCUGGCCGGUCUGUGGCUGGUGAUUAACCCGAUGUAUCGCUCGUACUCGGCCUACGAUGGCUUCCUGUCGGUGGUUCUGAUGGCCCCGGUCACCGUUUGCUCGCUAACCGCCGUUCGUUAUUGUGUGAAUUUUUCAUCGAUCAACUGCAUUUUGGCCAACCUAAACCGUGACACCGGCGACCGGGUGCGUCACUUCCGCCGUCGGAUGUUGCGGGUGCGUGAAAAUAUUAGCGGAAAGGCGAAUGAAUUAGCAAUCGCACAACUGGAGCUCGAAUUAAGCAAUCAUUUGGACAGGUUAAUUAUUCAUUACGAUAUGCUGGGCGAAACCGUGGCGGCGAUAAUUGAAAUGUACUCGCCGUCAAUCCUGUUUCUGGUUACGCUGGACAUUGGUCAGGUGACGUUCCAGCUGUACAUGUUUUACUGCUACCUGUCACGGAGCUCUCCAAGCAAUGAUGACGGCGGCGAGCAUCUCCAUAAUGUGGCUUCCACGCUGGUUUCCGCCCUGCUUAGCUUCCUGGAAAUAGUGCUGAUCGUGGACGGAACUGCAAAGUUCGCCGAGGGGCAAGUUUCACCAAGUAACAAGCAUUUUUCGCCAAUAUUUCUUCAUGCAAAUCCAUGCAUUUCCCAAUGCUAUCUCCAAACUGACAAAACCCACUUAUUCCCCAAUCAAAUUCGGAAAACUAUGUAUCCUCUCUCCCUGCAGAUCAGCGUUCUGUGCGAGCUGCUUCAUCACACCCAAGAGGCCACAAUCCGAUUUUACUGCUUUGCGAUGGACAGGUCGUUUCUCAUGACGAUUAUCGCCGCCGCGUGUUCAUACCUGAUUCUACUGAUGCAGACAGCUUGAAGAGGGCGCCCCGGGGCCAACCCGCCAAACACCCCACGAACGGGUGUGAUUUCGCCGGGAAGGUGCUAAUCCGUUAACUAGAAAAUCAAUUUCGUCUCCAUAAAUCAACAGAACCGCCGCCGCUCCAAUUGGUGGUGAUGUGGUAUCAAGGCAGUUCACCACCUACAUCGACUCCGUCGCGUUCAACAGC